CUCUAAUUCCGGCCCGCUCAUUCAUCCCUCCAUUCAGUCUAAAUAUAGUUCAUGUCUGCAUAUCGGAAAGGCCUCUCGUUUUGGCGGGUCUUCUGGGGAGGGCCAAAAAACGGCGAUCGCCGAACGGUGGAUUUUUUGGUUGUUGGGUAUGAGCGCUCUGCGCUCUGCACUGUAAAAUCCCCCGAUAGCUUGGAGCUUCCGCCAAGAUUUGCCGAAUGGCAUGAACCAACGAAUCGCCAAUGGAUAUUAACAAGGCUUCUGAGAUUUUACAGGUGAAACUUCCAGAAACAUCUUUUUAUACUUCUGUGGGGCCGAAGAUCCGAUGUGAACGCCUUUUAUUAUCGUUGAAACCUCAACACAACCAUCCAUCUCGAAACUAAGAUCGAUAUUACGUUAUGCGAGUUCAAACAAGAACCAGGCUAUUGCAACCGUUUCCAAAACAAGAAAUUGAACGUUUUGGGACAAUAUGCGGACAGGUUACGAAUGCUUCUGAUUACCCUUUGUCUGUCGAUGUUGUGAACAAUGUGGUGAUCUAUGCUGGAGACCAACUGCGCCAGUCCCUGAAGAAAGGAAUUCAGGUGAAGGAGGAUAUCAUGGCAGAGUUUCACCAAUGUUUAUCCUCCGGUCCCGGUAUACUGGUGAUCAGAGGUUUUGUGAAGGACUUGGAUGUAAUCCGGAGAACGAACAGCGUGUUUAGUGACAUCAUUCAGAAGGAGAAAGAACACGCCAAGGGGGACCAUUUCGCCCCUGCAGGCAACAACGAUCGGAUCUGGAACUCGUUUCAAAAACAUGCUGUAGCUGAUCCAAGUAGUUUUGUGGAAUACUACGCCAACGAGCUGCUAGAUCUGGUUGCCGAGGCUUGGUUAGGCCCAGGUUAUCAAGUAGCAGCUCAGACCAACGUGAUACGCCCCGGUGGAAAGGCGCAGGAACCGCACCGAGAUUACCACCUCGGUUUCCAAUCCGAGCAGGUGGCUUCUCGAUUCCCAAUAGCAUCUCAAAUCGCUUCUGCAAUGCUCACUCUGCAAGGGGCGGUAGCCCAUUCGCCUAUGCCUCUCCGCUCUGGUCCAACUCAGCUUCUUCCCUAUUCCCAGCAAUUCGACCAUGGCUACUUGGCUUAUCGACGGCCCGAAUUUGUCGAAUUCUUCCAUAAGUAUAUGGUUCAAAACGAGCUUGAAGUCGGAGAUGCUAUAUUCUUCAAUCCAGCGUUAUUUCACGCUGCUGGAGAAAAUCAAACGACUGACAUGUACCGGAUUGGGAACCUCUUGCAGAUUUCAGCAUGUUGGUCCAAGCCUAUGGAAACCGUUGAUCGGAUGAGUAUCAUUCGGGCAGCGUGGUCCCAUGUACAACAAUACAUCGCCAAAGCUGAAGGCGGUGUGGCAGCCUCCUCCUCUCAAGCAUUGUUGAAGGCCAUUUGUGAUGGUUAUUCAUUUCCCACCAAUCUAGAUAGGGACCCACCGCCCGCAGAUAGUCAUUGCCCUAAGACCCAGCUUGAUUGCGUUACCAAUGGACUGAUCGAAAACUGGUCUAGAGAGCGUCUAGCCGAGGUCUUGGAUGAGCUAGACUGGAAACGCAGGGCCUAAAAGUAAUGAGAGGACACGGUUUGAUAUCACGAUCAAAGGACUGACAUGCAUUUCUUGUGGACAUUAC